AGCAGCACAGAUAGCAGGCAGAGCACUCCGCAUAAUGCUCGAGGAAAGAGCUGAAGAGUUGCGCCAGACGGACACCCCACUACAGGCAUUGCCUGACAAGAGGAAAGCUUCCUCGACCCCACCAACAGCAGCGGCUGAGCCGGCGGCAGCAACAGCAGCAUCAACAGCUUCGAGGGCGGCGGCUGCCAACAGCAGCGAGGAAGUGGACGUUGUUGAUAUUGAGGCCUCCGUACCUGGCACGCCACCGACUUCCCCGAUCCCGUCGAAGUCCCGCCGCACCCGCCAAGACUCCAUAUCCGGGGGGCAACAAGCAAACCCUCCUUUCUUGCAGCCGGAGUCUGGGUUUGCCUCACCAGCUAGCGGUGUUUUCGCUCCAGGGGAGGAUGUAGCGGUCGCCGAGGACUAUCCCGCGCGAAGGCGCUCCACGAGAAAAGGGGGGGAGCGCGAUGCGCUGUUCAGGAGGAGGCUUCAGAAGCAGGGGCACAGGGACAUGCUCUACGAGCUGAGGGAGGAUGAGACGUACGAGAUGAAGGAGAUGUCCGUCAGGGAGGUGUUUAACUACGUUCAAGAGAUCGUGGCCCCGUACGCUUUGGGUUUGGGUGCCUCGCCCAGGGGGGAUGCCUUAAACUUCGUCCAGCAGGAGCAGCAGCAGCAGCAGCAGCAGCAGCAGCAGCAGCGACAAACAUCGGCGCCCUUGUCGACUAGAUCUACGCCGUCUAGAAACCCUCGAGACGCAGCGGACGGCAGAGGGUACGGUAGCGUGGCGGACAGUGGUGGGAGUGGGCGCAUGCGGCGAACGGCGUCGGUCAAUGGUGUCCAGAUGUCGAGCCUCAGUCUCCACUUGCGCGAUAUGCGACAACUCUUCAGCUCACAGUCCAAGAGCGAGCCGGCCAUCAGCGUGCGGCGUAACUGCGUGCUCGUGAACUUCGAGACGCUAAGGGGGAUCGUUCUCGUUGACAGAAUAUUGCUAGUGGUUGAUCCUGGUGCGGACAGCAUCCUGAUGGAGGUCAGAAACGCGCUCUCGCAGAGCCACGACGACGUCUACGAGUUCGAACUAAAGGCCGUCGAGGCGCUGCUGUCCGUCUCGUCGAAACGCCUGGAGAGAGAAGUCCGAGAGGUGGAGAAGCAUAUCGCGAAAAUCGUGACCAUACUGGAGGGGCCGGGCAAGGGCGCCACCUCCGCCAAGAACAACGACACCUUCCGCGGCCUACUGAACAGCAUCAACGUGCUGGAGAACAGGGCGAAGGCGAGGCGACGAGCGCUGCUCAUGGUGCUCGAAGACGACACGGACUUGGCCAUGAUGAACCUCACCAGGAUGUACCAGAGCCCCGAGGAAUACCUCCCGCCUCUCUCGACCGAGGUGCUCGAGGACCACGAAGAGAUGGAACUCCUUCUCGAGGCGUACCUCCAGGAUAUCAACUCGAUCUACAACGUGCUGGAGCUGCUCCAAAACAGAGCGCGUAGCACUGAAGCCCUGGUGAUGGUGAAGCUCGACAUCGCCAGAAACCGGAUCCUCACGGCGGGGCUGGUAUUCAGCAUGGCCUCCACCUGCCUGACCGCUGGCGCUCUUGUCUCGGGAAUUUUCGGCAUGAACCUUAAGAGCGGGCUAGACUCGAACGACGUCCUCUUUGAGGUCGUUGCUACUGGGACGGUGUGUGCUUGCACCGUGGCCUUCUGCGGGGUGUUUACGUUCUUCUAUCGACACGGUAUUCUGGUAUCAUGAACGAAGGAGGACCCCGGAAAGCCAGUGAAACGCGUGAAAAGGAUGACGAUGAUGGCGAUGAAAUUUUUUCUCUCCAGCAAACGGUUGAUGGCGCGCGUUUUGGGGUCUACUUCCAAUAUUGUGCUUGUCUGUGUGUGUGUGAAAAGAGGGAGUUGACCUCGGCAGGAAUUGGGGAGAUGUAAACUUUUCUGAAACUUAUGUCUGGCCCCUAGCCCCCCCGCCUUGUUUUGUGGAGUAUUUUGUUGCUUUCUAGGCAAGAAGGCUUACUUUGUUUUUUCUUUCUGUGCGCCGAUUCUUUCUCAAAUCUUGGUUUGUUUUGUGCCUAGAAAGCAGUUGAGCCUUAGCCUGUUGUGCGAUUUUGGUGGGUUUGGUCUUGGACCUUGUGAUGACUUCGGCUCGACUGUGUCUAAAAUAUGUCCUUAGCAGCUCCUCUACACCCAUUUUCAUCACCGGGAGCAGCGUAUUUCUCUAGAAGUUUUUUUUAGCGCGAAAGGUGGUAUUUUUACACUUGAAAGCGGCGUUGUUUUCUGGGGUGGGUGACGGGAGAGGGACUGACAUCGUCUGCGGCAUCAUGCAUUUGGACGUUUGGACAAAAUGUUGUCAAGCGGUAGACCUUUUCCAGCGAAAUAUAUGAGAAACAAGAAUGUUCCGCGUUCAAAUUUGGAGAUAGAUCUCAGCCAUGCAGCUUUGGAUUCGAGCACUAAUAUAGCGGAUGAUCGGGAGGUGUUGGGUGAGAUUAUGGGAGUAUUUCGUCGUUUGGGUGCUGUACUAGAUUCUCGCGUCUUACUCACUGUAGGAUGUUAUAAACAACCCUUAGUACGUUGGUUAGGUUGUCUGUUUGGUGAUACCGCUGUACGGGCACCACACACUCUGUUUUGUUGUGCUGGCUUAGCGGAACGUGGUCGUGUGCAGAGCUUUCGUGAGAAGGAAACAAGUUUGUUUCGAUUGCUUGAUUUCGCUUUUUGUACAAUCCGCCCCCUUCUCGCGUCGUGUCGAGAAAAAAAAAAAACACGCUUGUGCUGUGUAGAGUCCAUCUGUUCCGUUAGUCUUAUGCCCUGCAGACCCGGCACCACAAGUAUCCGUAACAGUUCGUUGUACUUGUUCGAGACACAGCAGUGAAUGUUAGCACUUUCUUUGUGGUAUCUGUGUCACUAUUUCGUAAGGAGGCGCACGGAAGGGGGGGGGGGGGGGGGGGGGGGGGGGUACGUGCUCGUCGAAUCCGGACCACAGUAAAAGCAGGGGGGGACUCCNGUGGUACCCUUGCCCUUUGCAAGAAGCGUGGGAUAUUCGGUCUCGGUCACAAGCUUUGUUCUCAGCAGAACAGGAGGGGCCCGGAGAACGCUCUCCGGAAAGUUAUACAACAAGCACGGGACAGCGCGGCAAUACUGCUGUUGCUAGCGUGUCGCCCUUUUGCGAGGCGUCGUGGAGAGUGCCCGACAUUGCGUGGUGCUCUGGACGAGCCCAGAACGCUCAGAGUGACGGAACAGAGUCAGCAGCAUUUUCCUCCUAAAUGUACGCGUGACAGCUUUUCGUGGAAUGGGACUUAUCCCGAAGAAAGAGUGUAGAUGCCCCCUUGCAAGGUUAUAGGCAGCUGGUGGACGUUCGUUCGUGAAGGGGUCCUUCGGUCGUUGUGUGCUCGGCCUCAUUUCCCGUCGCGCAGCAGGUAGGUGUUAAGG